UCAACCCGAAAGAAGACAUGCAUAUAUUUUCAAAUGUUGCGAUUCCUUGUUUUUGUCCUAAAUAACUGAACAUGACAUUUGUGUUUCCGUCCAUAAAUGGUACGGUGAAGCCAAGAGAAAGAAGUGGUCAUGUGGCGGUACAUUACGAUGGCUACUUGGUAGUGUGGGGUGGCUAUUGCAACGGUGAAGAGCAGCUUCCUGGUUUUCAGUUUCUUGGAGACAGGUAUCAUCCAAGUAAUGAAGUUUGGUUAUACUGCAUCGAGACUUCUACUUGGAAACAUGUUGAAACAAGCGGAGACAUCCCCCCGCCCAUGUCAGGAUCAACAGCCUGUGUAAUUGGUGGCAAAUAUAUGUAUAUAUUUGCUGGGCAUCAUGAUGAAGGACCUUCCUCUACCGUUUUUGUUUUAGGUUUGAACACAUUUGUGUGGCAAAAUCUGACAGAAAGGAUUCAAGGCAAUCCCCCUUCAGACAGGGACAAGCUGUGUUGUUGGACGCACAAUGAUUUAAUAGUGUACUUUGGAGGAUAUGGAAUAUCUCCUGAUCCUGAUAAAGUGGAUGAGUCGUGUGGAUUUUUCACAUUUAAUGCCAGUGUUGAGGAGCAAUUUACGGACAACAGAGGAUGGAACAGUCACAUGUUUGUUCUGGAUACAGAACAUUUGACAUGGAGCCAACCACAAACAAAGGGGAGAGCUCCCACACCGAGAGCAGCACAGGCUGCAGCUAAACUUGGAAACAUUGCUUAUAUCUUUGGAGGAAGAUACAUGGAACAACGGCGUAAUGAUUUGCAUGCCUUUGACAUGGACACCAUGGAGUGGAGUGGCAGUAUUCCAACAACAGGUAAUGUGCCAGACGGAAGAACAUGGCAUUCACUCUCUACUGUCAGUGACAAACAUUUAUUUCUUUACGGAGGCUUCAAUAAUCAAGCAGAAGCGUUAGGUAAGACUUCAAAGAACUUCAAAUUUCUGCACCAAAGAGCAUUGAUGUUUGGAUGUUUGGUUGAUUUUAGGCCACCCUCAUCCAGAUAGGACAAGCACGAUCUAUACAAAAGAAAACUCUACAAACUGGCAAAUUGAGCUGGUUUUUAUGAAGAAACUAGGAGUUCUACUUUCCCCUCUGGAUGGAAUGCCAGUCCAUCACAAGGUUCCCCCCUGCCCCUCCCAUGGUGUUUCAUCAGGCUCUCCUGAAAAUUUGCUUGUACCCAUUUAUACACCUGGUUGGAGAGAAGCAAACAAACAAACAAACAAAUACUUUAUUUAUCAAGGGUGAAAUACAUUAUUACCCAAAGCUUGGUAGUUUAUAUAAUGGCCCUCAACAAAAAAACAAAACAUUAACAUUCUAACAUAAUUUUAAAUAACAUUUUUCUGCAUUCAAUAGUUAAAUAGACUUUAGCUCUCUUAAGAAGGCAUGUUCUAGAGUUCAGCUUUUUUAGUGAAUAGUCGAUAUGUAAGUUCCAAGAAAGAUGGAACUUACAUAUUGACUAUCUAAUAAAAAAAGAAUAAAGGCUGAUAGUUUCUAA